AUGGUUUCAAACCCUAACCCGUCCGCGAGAGCGCUGGGAUUAGCUCAUCACUUGAGCCGCCGCCAUCGAUUAACUAACGAGAACCGGCAACCCUUGGCUCAGGAAUUCGUUAAUCUUGACCGUUCAAUUUAUGUCGUCCUUAUUUGGAUGGCUCAGAUUGAUGGGCACUCGAAACUGUUGAAGUCCCGCAGGUAUAUAAGCAAUCUAAUUCCGAGAUCCUCAUCGACUUCUACCCACGUUUCCGAAUAUACAAGAGCAGCCGAGUUGAGCGUUUCUCCCGCACCACCACCGUCUCCCCCGACCUCGACCCUUCCACCGGCGUCCUCUCCAAAGAACUUCUUCUUUUCCCCUCUCUUCCUCCCUCCUCAUCCUCAACUUCACUCUCUCCCCAUCAUUCUCUACUUCCACGGCGGCGGCUUCUGCAUUGAAUCCACCACCUCCCUCUCCUCCGCCACCACCGUCCUCAUCCUCUCCGUCGACUACCGCCGUGCUCCUGAACACCUUCUCCCUACUGCCUACUCUAACUCCUGGCAAACUCUCCAAUGGCUCACUUCCUCCCCUCAAGAAGAAUGGCUCACCACCUAUGCUGACUUCACUCGUUUUUUCCUCACCGGAGACAGUGCCGGAGCUAAUAUAGUUCACCAGCUAGCUUUAAGAGCUACCAGAGAGAAGCUUUGUGGAGGUCCUCAUGGUUCCCCGAAGCUCCGAGGAGCAAUGCUUAUCCACCCUUACUUUUGAGGGUCAACUUUUGUGGGGAAUGAGACUAGGGAUGAGUUGGCAAGGUGAGUUGAGUGGCUUUGGAAAAUGACAGCCUCCCUGGAGAUGGGGCUUGAUCAUCCUUGUUUUAAUCCCUUAGCUGAUGGUGAGCCGCCGUUUG